AUGGCGGUGGGCGUGAAGGCACCCGCGGAGGUGGUGCGCACGGGGUGGCUCGACCGCGUGGUGGCCUACUCCAAACAGAAGUUCAUAGAAGACGUCCAAAGUGUGCUGCCUCCCAUAGAGUUUAAAGUCCAAUUAGCGAAGGCACCACCAGGGUACGUGGACUCCAAGGAGUGGGAUUACGACUCAGUGAUGCGACUGCUCACCCUGCUACGGCAGAGCGAGCAAGCGAAACCAGUUGCGCGGGCGCUGCGGCGAAUGAUGGGCAAACCCGACAUUGUUCAGAACAACACUCGCAGGAUCUUCAUGUCAAAACAAGAAAGCUAUAAAUUCUUCCCGAAACUCGGUUCGAACGUGUACUACGAGGACUCGUACGAGCAAGAUAUGGGCCCCAUGCCGGACUUGGAGGGAGGCAACUUCAUGCCGGGAGACUACAGCUCGGACGCCAUAGUCAUCAUAUCCAACCCAGUGGAGUCCCGCCUGCCCAGCUCGCACAUCAGUGUUGGCAUGCUCAAGGAGAUAUUGGAGACCAGAGCGAUGGCCGCGAGGGUUAUGCCGACCUAUGAAGUGCCUACUAUAUACUGGGCGCCUAUGAACACCACUACUGACGCGGUAGAAAACGUGACUGGGGCGAGUCAAGAGAAUGCGACAACUACAGGAGGCGACGCUGCCGCGGGAGGCGACGACGCCUCCUCAGGCAAUGAUUCCAACGGAUCAAAUAGCUCUGAUCCGGUACCUGGG